AUGGGUAUUGUAUUCAGAACGAAAAUUGGAAAGAAUUAUAAAAUACAACAUCAGGAUUUGUGUCUUUUACCAAGUAAAAGUUAUUUGCACAUCUAUGGACGUUUGACAAAAGAGGAUGCUGCAGCUCCAGUCGAAAGAACCAGAUUCGUGAAUAAUGCUAUUUGUCAUCUGUUUGAAGAGAUUCGAUAUGAACUCAAUGGUGUUGAAAUUGAUCGUGCGAAAAACGUUGGAUUGACAAGUCUUAUGAAGAAUUAUGUUUCACAAAAGCCUAGUCAAUGGCCUUUAUUGGAAAAUGCAGGUUGGUUGAAAAAAGAUACUAUGGAUAGUGAUGAGACAAUUACAAAUGCAAAUGGAUUAUCAGAUAAUCAUUGUGAAUGGAAAGAUGAGCUUAUCCUCACGAGAUCCAAGACGGAUGUCAAUGCCAUUCUUCAAAGAGCAAUCACAGUUCAAAAUCCUGAGGAAAAAUAUAAAAUCACAUUACAAAAAAUUGAGUGGUUAAUUCCAUAUGUCAAAGUUUUUGAUGAACGCAAGGUGAAACUGCUCAACUUUAUUGGCAAAGAUACACCCAUCGGAAUAGGAUUUCGCACCUGGGAGCUGUACGAAUAUCCUCUACUUCCUACAUCAUCGAAGCAUGUUUGGGUGGUGAAGACGUCGAACCAUUAUCCAUAUGGAAACAUGAAUCUUGAUAUUGAUCAUAAUCAAUUCUCUACAUUGUAUAAUAUGUAUGUGAACUUCCAAGACUCAUUUUAUGGAAAAGAACCAGAGCCAUUGCUGACUAGAUCAGAGUUCUUGAAGAAAGCUCCAUUGAUUGUUAUCGAUUGCUCGAAACAGAAUGAGUACCUGAAGAGCGGUCCAGUCGAUAUUCGUCUAGAAUUUGAAUCAGCUUCACAUUUCCCAGCUAAUACAUCAGCCUACUGUCUUAUUCUCCAUGAUCGAAUCGUUGAGUAUAAUCCGAUCAGUGGUGGGGUUAGGAAGCUCAUGUAA